GCAUCCCACAAGCCCAGCAGCAGGCAACAGAGACAUUGCCACGUGUGCACUGUAAACUCACCGGCACGACACAGCUAGCUAGGGCGAACCGCGAACCCCGCCGUCGCAACGAUGGCCACGGUGGAGCGGCUGACGACGGAGCUGGUCGUCCCGGCGGAGGAGACGCCGGCGGGCGCCGUGUGGCUGUCCAACCUCGACCUCGCCGCGCGGCGCGGGUACACGCCCACGGUCUACUUCUACCGGGCCAACGGCAGGCCGGAGUUCUUCGAGGCCGGCGCCGUCCGGGACAGCCUCGCGAGGGCGCUCGUCGCGUUCUACCCUCUCGCCGGCCGCCUCGGCGCCGACGCCGCCACCGGGCGCGUCCAGAUCGACUGCACGGGCGAGGGCGCGGUGUUCGUGUCGGCGCGGUCGGCGGACACCGCGCUGGACGACCUGCUCAGCGAGUUCGUGCCGUGCGACGAGAUGCGGGCGCUGUUCGUGCCGCCCACCCCCGCUCCGAACCCGCCGUGCCCGCUGCUGUUCGCGCAGCUCACCCGCCUGCGCUGCGGCGGCGUCGUGCUUGGCCUCGCCCUGCACCACUCCGUCGUCGACGCCAGGAGCGCCGCGCACUUCGUCGAGACGUGGGCGAGCAUCGCCCGCGGCGGCGGGGACGCCGCGCCCCUGCCGCCAUGCUUCGACCACCGGCUCCUCAGCGCGCGGCCGGCGCCCACGGUGCUGUACGACCACCCGGAGUACAAGCCCGAGCCGGCGCCGGCGCACGCGGUCACGGCACCGUCCUCCACCUACGCGAGCGCCAUCAUCACGCUGACCAAGGCGCAGGUGACGGCGCUCAAGGCGCGGUGCGCGGGGGCGUCCACGUUCCGCGCGGUGGUGGCGCUGGUGUGGCAGUGCGCGUGCCGGGCGCGGUCGCUGCCGGACGACGCCGAGACGCGGCUCUACUCCAUGAUCGACAUGCGCGCGCGCCUGGCGCCGCCGCUGCCCCCGGGCUACUUCGGCAACGCGGUGGUCCGGACGUCGGUCUCCGCCACCGCCGGGGAGGUGGUGUCGAACCCCGUGGGCUACGCGGCGCGGCGCGCGCUCGCGGCGACGAGCCAGGGCGACGACUACGCGCGGUCGCUGGUGGACUACCUGGAGGGGGUGGACGCCAUGAACCUGCCCCGGAGCGGCAUCUCGCGGGCGCACCUCCGCGCCAUCAGCUGGAUGGGCAUGUCGCUGCACGACUCCGACUUCGGGUGGGGCGCGCCCGUGUUCAUGGGGCCGGCGCUCAUGUACUACAGCGGCUUCGUGUACGUGAUGCAGGCGCCGGGGAAGGACGGCGCCGUCGCGCUCGCGCUGUCACUGGAGCCCGAGAGCAUGCCGGAGUUCAGGAAGGUGUUCGCCGACGAGCUGGCACGCCUCGCGAUGUAGAUGGAUGGCGCGUCCGUCUCUCCGUGCUUGACGCGUCGUGCUAAUGAAUGUAAGGUACACGGAGAAUCCGUCCAUCCGGGUUCGAGUCAUCUUCGAAUUGGAUGAUCAAGCUCAUGUCAUGUUCUUAUUAAAUUUGGCAUGGACCAAACAAUGUACUGUACACGUGAACUAUUUGCAGCAAGCUGGACCUUGAUUGUUUAACCCCGUGAAAA